GCUCGCGCCCAGGCGGAGGCGGCCGCUCCCGCGGACGUCGAGGGCGUGGCGGCUAGGCUCUGGGCAGCGGGCACCUAGCAGACUCUACCCCGGCGACCGCCCGCCGCGUCUCCCCAAGCGCGGCCCCUCGCGGCGCCCCGUCUCCCGCGUAGCCCGUCUGGCCGUCCCGGCCUCUCCUUGCCUGCCUGCCUGCCUGCGGCGGCCACGCGGGCAGUAGAUGCCUGGUAGACAUCUUAGAACUUUAAGAACGGAAAAGACCUGCUUUUAGGGGAUAAUGCUGAGGGACACUAUGAAAUCUUGGAAUGACAGCCAGUCAGAUCUCUGUAGCAGUGACCAAGAAGAGGAAGAAGAGAUGAUUUUUGGUGAAAAUGAAGAUGAUUUGGAAGAAAUGAUGGAUCUAAGUGAUCUGCCUACCUCACUUUUUGCUUGCAGUGUCCAUGAAGCUGUGUUUGAGGUGCCAGAGCAGAAGGAGAGAUUUGAAGCGCUUUUCACCAUCUAUGAUGACCAAGUUACGUUUCAGCUGUUUAAAAGCUUUAGAAGAGUCCGAAUAAAUUUCAGCAAACCUGAAGCAGCAGCGCGGGCUCGAAUAGAACUCCACGAGACAGACUUCAAUGGGAAGAAGCUGAAGCUGUAUUUCGCACAGGUACAGAUGUCCAGCGAAACACAGGACAAAUCGUAUUUACUGCCCCCCCAGCCGGUCAAACAGUUCCUCAUCUCCCCUCCUGCGUCGCCUCCAGUGGGGUGGAAGCAGGGGGAAGACGCGAUGCCUGUUAUAAAUUAUGAUUUACUCUGUGCUGUUUCCAAAUUGGGACCAGGAGAGAAAUACGAACUUCACGCGGGAACCGAGUCGACACCGAGCGUGGUGGUUCAUGUCUGUGAAAGUGAAACUGAAGAGGAAGAGGAAACAAAAAAUCCCAAACAGAAAAUCACCCAGACAAGGCGCCCUGAACCUCUGACUGCAGGACUGAGCAAGCCCCGGGCCUUUGACUGCACGCUUGAUACACAGACCCCAGUUCCUGAUGUGCCAUCCCUCCCGGACACAGAGCUGUUGCUUUGGAACGCAGGACGUAUCCCUUGUGAGCUUGAUGACUGUGACCUCAGGCGGCCACUGCACUCGACCAUUUGUGACCACGUCCUGGCCUGUAGCUCGACUGUCUUCAACCACCAGUUGAGUUUUUGUUACGCAUAUUUGUGUGUCAUUAUUCUUGAAUUAGAAAAGGUCAUGAUAAGAUUUUCCAUUUUUAAAUUGUCCAUUUAAACAUUUUUCAGUUUGAUUUGAAAGAAAAGUCACACACAUUCUUUUUCUGUGAAUUAGGGAAAGAUGGGGCAAACGGAGAUCGUUUUGUUAAUUGGACUUUCUUCUGGGUGAAAUUUUUUUACCCUGGCUUCCAGUUGGCAUUUUCCCCUAAAAUAGAAGUGUUUCCUACUUGUGUUUCAGAGUGUAUCGUUGAACCUGCUAAGGUAGAAGCAGACAUCUUCUUAACUCUUUGUGGUCUGUUUGGACUUUGAGGUCCCUUUUAUAGAGAAGCAUCAAAACUAAGAAUGCUUUGCUUCAGGUCAAGUGGCUCUGCUGAUUCUCUGCUCACUCCGAGGUUUUCUUUGUAUGGCAAGUGUCUGGGGUUCCCUGGUGUGUCUGCGCAGGGAUGUGUGAGUUUAGACUAAUAAACCAAUAUGGCUGCCACUACAAAGAAAGAAAAAUGCAGAAAUUCAGACUGUGCUGUCUAUACAUUUUUGGUAAUGUGUUUCUGUGGUCUAGAUGUUCUUAUUAUGGUAGAAUUUAUUUCUAAGGACAUAAACUUUAUUGCAAAAAAAAAAAGUUUUCUAUAUUUUCCUUGCCCUCAAAUACUCUGAGAUGAUCAACUCUUCUAUUUGUAUAUAUCCACCACUGGUAAGCCUCAGUGUAAAUUCAGUUGAAACUUGUGAUUCUGUAAGCAGUUUAUUAAACUCAUUAUUUGGCAGUUUAACUGGCAGCCACUUAAUAAAUUUACUUUGCAGUUCUAAAUUCAGCAUUUUGUCACUUUUUAAUCUUAUCUGGGUGUACUAACUUAUUGCAGGACGGACCCUAAGUCAGGAAAUGUAUGUAUUUUCAACAUUUGGGAAUUUUUGAAUUUCCUUUUAGAUCAUAUUUAUUUGCUAUAAUUUUCUAAGUGGUCAAAAGUCAUGAUGUUUUAUUAUCUGGCUUGGCUUUCAUGCUCUACCUUCCGAUUAAAGAAUAUUCUAUCCCUAACUUAAAACUGUCUUUUAAAGUCAAACAAUGCAAAUUACCUGAAUAUUUCUUUUUCUCUUUUCUUUCUUUUUUUCCAGUGUUGAAUAAAUUGAAGAAAAACUUAAACCAAAAUUAAAUAUAUAUUAAGUAAUACAUAUUUUUAUUUAAAAUAUAAUUAUUUAAUAUAUAUUAAACUUUUCUGAAUGGAAAACGUUAAUAUUUUCAUUCUUUCUAGUAUAAUAUUUCCACAAAAUGUACUCUAAAAGAAAAACUACUAUAUGCCCAUUAACUUUUUUUUUUUUUUUUAAUUUUUGGCCAUGCCCCACGGCUUAUGGGGCCUUGACCAGGGAUGGAACCCGAGCCCUCAGCAGUGAAAGCACCAAGUCCUAACCACUGGAUCGCCAGGGAAUUCCCUCCCAUUGACUUUUAAAUAUUGUGAAAUCAACCAGGAUCUCCCCAGGUAUUAUGAGCUCUUUUUUUGGCUAUUUUGUAUCCAGUUCAUGUAUCCAUCUUGUGAGAGAUAAGUCUCAUGCAUCUUUUUUUUUUUUUAAGUACCUUCUAAUAAGUUUAUCUACUUCUUCUUCUUUGAAAUUGAGUCAUUGCUUAGAUUUAACUGAUAAUAUGGUAGCUAUGUUUUCUUUAGAAGUGAUAACCUCUUCUUGGGAAUCAAUUUAUGUAGACAGUUAUGAGGAAAGAAGAUGAUGUUUUUCGUUAGGAAAAAACAUUUGCGAAGGAUAAGAAAAUUGUACGACAGUAAAAAUAGUCGACAGAACCUGUAAUGCAUGGGCUAUUAUGGUCUAGGUUCUUUCAAUUUACCCACCGGAUGAAACCGGAAGUUAAUCUAUUUAAAAGUGUACCCCCGUGAGCAUCUACUAGUUUAAGGUGCUAAGAAGCAGAAGUGGUAAGAGCAGUUAGUUCCCUUGCCUUGGAGAGCUGAAAACCAGGUGAAAGCCAACUAGUCUUUUCACAUUCUCCUUUGCCAAAAUAUUAUACACUAAAACCUAUCAGUAAUUAAGAGCCAAAUAAAAGCUCCUGGGAACUUCUAAGUUCAACAUAAAGGGUUUUUUUUUUAAUUGAAGUUUAGUUGAUUUGCAGUGUUUUGUUAAUUUCUGCCAUACAGCAAAGUGAUUCAGUUAUACAUAUAUAUACAUAUUCUUUUUUAUAUUCUUUUCCAUUACGGUUUAUCACAGGAUAUUGAAUAUAGUUCCCUGUGCUGUGCAGUAGGACCUUGUUGUUUAUAACGUAGAAGUUUAGAUAAACAUUGUGGUUUAUGGGAUGUUCAAAUCAAAGAGAUGCCAGGAGACAGAGUCAGGUUAGCACUUUCAUACUAGAAUACGGUUGUUUUUGUUUCCCACUCACAAUAAUUCUGUCUUUUUAAAAUGUUGUGAUAUAGGGAAUUCCCUGGUGGUCCAGUGGUUAGGACUCCGUGCUUCCACUGCAGGGGGUCUGGGUUCAAUCCCUGGUCAGGGAACUAAGAUCCCGCAUGCCACACAGCAGAGCAAAAAAAAAAAAGUUGUGAUGUAAAGUGAAAAGCUUUGAUUUCUCAGAAUCUCAAUUACAGAGCUGAAGAUGACUUUGGAAAUCAUAAUGUACUCUUCGUGUUACUCAGAUUAGAAAACAGGAGCUGUGACUUGCUGUGAAGCCCACAGAAGGCAGCCCUGGUUCUAGAAUUGGCAGUCCCAACUCCCAGGCUAGGGCCUUCCUCUAGUUUUUCUCACCUUAGCCUCUUAAAGACACUCAGAGGCAGUGAAUCCCAGUCAUAAGAAAAGAAACAAACAAACAAAAGGGAAAAAAUUCCUUUUCCCCUGAUGCGAUACAAUGAAUAAGAAAAAUCUUACCUGAUGAAAUCAGUGACUUAGUAAUUUUAAUGAAUGAAUUCAAUGUUCCAUGUUUUGUCUUUGUUGUCAUUGUACCAUUGGGUUUGGAAUCUACUUAAAUAUUGUCUUGGUAGCAAGGAAUUGUGUUGACAUUUUAUCAAUAUGUGGGCUUUCCUAGAUUUCAUAGUAAUGAGAUUAAAAUAUAAAUAGGCAUACUUGAGAUGUGAUUCUCAUGAAGCAUAAUGAGAUCUAAUAUGAUUUGAAAAGAGCUUGCAGUGGAAUGGCACGCUCACUCAGUGCUUGUAAGAUGGAGUUCUGUUAAAGAUUGAAGGCUGACCUGUGCUUCAGGUUUCUAUCUAGACUCUUACAGACCAUGGCUUCAUUUGUAAAAGGGAAAAUCUCACGCCUAAUUAAGCAUUGGAAAAUGUACAAAAUUCUUUGGUUAUCAGGGUCACUGUCUGCUGGAUCUCUCUCUUUUCUCCACAGUUGUGUACUUCAUACCCGUCCUACAGGUGAGCUUGGUCAGUCUUUCUCUUCUUGGCACACUUGCAUUUAUAUCUUCCUGUAGGAAGGGAAAAAAAUUACUGACAAUAAGUGUGACAAUAUAAAGAAACUAAAGACUUGGAGAAGUAGUUGCCUCCUAGCUGAGGAGGUAAGUCCAUGUUGUAGAACCUCGCCUUUUAAAAGGUUAAAUAAAUUUAAAGAGUAAGAUUUGUGAACCUUGUCCAACAAUUUGAUAUACAUGUUCUUUAAACUUCCUUUGAAGUGGGGUCAGCCAGAACAUCUUCAUUGAAAUGCAGUUUUUUUUAAUUGCAUGGUACAGAUGAACCAGUUUGCAGGGCAGAAAGAGAGACCCAGAUGUAGAGAACAAAUGUAUGGACACCAAGGCUGGAAAGUGUGGGGGGGAUGAAUUGGGAGAUUGGGAUUGAAAUGUAUACACUGAUGUGUAUAAAAUGGAUAACUAAUAAGAAUCUGCUGUAUAAAAAAUAAAUAAAAUACAAAAAAAAUCAUGAAUCGGGGGAAAUUGUAAAAAUUUGUAGAGUGUUAUUUUAUUACCAAAUAUACAAGCAACAAAGCCACUGAAAUUUGCAACGACUCCUAGGUUCACUGACCAAAAAAAUUAUAAAAAUGGUCAAGUUCAAAGUAGAAGUUUCCAGCUAGGGUUAAGAACUAACCUUGGACUGAGUCAAAGGUCUCUGUCCAUUUAAACAAAAGUUUAAAGGCCUUUUACUGAAUCAGCCAUGUGGUCCAUCUUGUAAACCUGCAUUUCCUUUUGAAACAAAACCACGUUCUGCAGGCGCUUAGAACAAAGCGUAGCUUUGACUGAAUGUCCAUUCUUGCCGUAAGGGAAGAUUUAUAUCUAUGCAGCUAAUAUGUGUUUUUCUGUAUUGUUUUCUGCGUAGUCCCCGAUCUUCCUAACUCAUAUUGGGGACUGAGGAGAGAUGAAGGUGGCUAAUCCUGUUAUUGUGCCAUACUCUUCCCACUGCUUUCUCAGCCCAAGUCGGGGCGCCCGUGAUUUCACUCGUGCUGUAUUGCGCAUAUCCUCCAAGUUUAAGAAACGUUUCUCCACCAUUUCGCUGUUCUGUUAACUGAACCCAGGAGUUGAAUUUGUUAUUUUACCUGAACACACGUGUGAUCUUGUGUUACAUUUGGGGGCACAUUACCUUUCUGGUACUAUCGACUGUAGUGAAUAUUAUUGUACUUCAAGAAGCUGGUCAGUAAUUCACAUGUGUGUAUUCCACAUUUUAGUGUGUUUGAAGUGGCAAUUCGUAGUUUGUAGUGCUUUGUUAUUUGUCAGCUUUGGCUCUUCUGUAUUUUGAGGACAUUUAAACAUUCCUCAUCCUAUCAAGGUGAUAAAAGCAGAAUGUAAUUUGGGGGGGGAGCCUUUGUGAUUAAUUGUAACA